CCUUCAUCUGACGAGCCGAUUCCUUUCUCUCCCUGGUGCCUUUGGUCCGGUUCGGUAUAUUCCCUGGUUCCAUUCUUUUUUGUAACAGAAAUCAAUAGCUCCUAUCUGUUGUUCUCUCUCACUUGUGUGUUUUGUGAGUCUCUCAGGGUCUUGCUAAGCUUGGUUAUCAAAGAUUUCUCUAUUGUUGAUGAAUUUUGAUGGGCGUUUGUGAAUGGCUUUUGGAGCUGGUUUGUGUUUAUGAUGCAGAUGGGGUUGAUGAUGGUGUUGUAGCAGUUUGUUAAGAUGGAACUCUCCUCGAUUCUGUUCUUGGCUAGAUUGGAAAACCAAUUAUAACAUGGACAAGGAAAAAAAUCAACCUGUCUAAGGGCUAUAGUUGAUUGGGUUUCAGCAACUUCUUAUGAAGACUUUGUGUUUGGCUCUUGAAAUUUUGUGCUGAGGCAUAUAUUAUAUACUGUUAAGCAGUAUCUAGUAGGCACAGAUAUAAGCAACUAGUUUGUAGAACUUGAGUAGUUUAUAUCAUUUAUCAAAUACAUAGAAUAUGGAGAUGCUAGUUUCUCCUCAAGGACAAAAGCACAAUAUUCAAGUUCAGGCUUGGAAAUUUUCACCUGGUGGUUCCAACAAAGAUCUUUGGCUUAUUGUGCGAGAAGGGUCCCUGGCAGAUGUAGAUGUAGCAUUGGCACUACUUAAGAAGCAAGGAGGAAACAUUAAUUCAAGGAACAAAUUUGGCCUGACUCCUCUUCAUAUUGCAACUUGGAGGAACCACAUUCCCAUCAUUAGGAGGCUUCUCAUAGCUGGUGCUGACCCUGAUGCUAAGGAUGGAGAAUCAGGAUGGACUAGCCUUCACAGGGCUUUGCAUUUUGGUCAUCUUGCAGUGGCAAGUAUCCUGCUUCAGUCUGGUGCUUGUAUUACUGUGGAGGACUCUAAAUCCUGUACGCCUGUUGAUCUCCUGUCUGGGCCUGUAUUGCAGGCCAUUGGAGAUGGACAUGAUUCAGUGGCUACUGAGGUGUUUAGCUGGGGAAGUGGUGCCAAUUAUCAAUUGGGAACUGGAAAUGCUCACUUACAAAGGCUACCUUGCAAAGUUGAUGCACUUCAUGGUUCUUUUAUUAAAUUGGUCUCGGCUGCGAAGUUCCAUAGUGUAGCAGUUAGUGCACGUGGGGAGGUCUACUCCUGGGGAUUUGGAAGGGGGGGGCGCCUUGGGCAUCCUGAUUUUGAUAUCCACAGUGGUCAAGCUGCAGUUAUUACUCCCCGACAGGUGACUUCUGGUUUAGGGUCCCGCCGGGUGAAGGCAAUUGCAGCUGCCAAACAUCAUACUGUUCUUGCUGCUGAGAGUGGCGAAGUUUUUACCUGGGGAUCCAAUAGAGAGGGUCAGCUUGGCUACAUUGUGGACACUCAGCCCACACCUCGUAGAGUGAGUUUGCUUAGGUCAAGGAUCAUCUCUGUUGCUGCAGCAAACAAACACACGGCUGUAGUUUCUGAUUCUGGUGAAGUCUUCACAUGGGGCUACAACAGAGAGGGUCAACUUGGAUAUGGCACCUCCAACUCAGCAUCUAAUUACAAUCCAAGAGUGGUUGAGUAUUUGAAGGGCAAGGUUUUUACAGGAGUUGCGGCUGCAAAAUAUCACACAAUUGUAGUAGGAGCUGAUGGAGAGGUGUACACGUGGGGUCAUCGACUUGUUACACCAAGACGUGUUGUGAUAGCUAGAAAUUUGAAGAAAAGUGGUAGCUGCCCUUUGAAGUUCCAUCGCAUGGAACGGCUUCAUGUGGCUUCUAUAGCUGCAGGGAUGGUUCACAGCUUGGCUCUUACAGAUGAUGGUGCAGUAUUUUAUUGGUUGUCUGCAGAUCCUGAUCUUAGAUGCCAACAGCUAUAUUCAUUGUGUGCAAAAAAAGUAGUGAGCAUUUCUGUGGGGAAGUACUGGAGUGCUGUGGCCACAGUUACAGGUGAUGUUUAUAUGUGGGAUGGGAAAAAAGGUGAGGAUAACCUGCCAGCUGUCACUCGGUUACACGGUGUAAAAAGGGCUACUUCAGUUUCAGUAGGUGAAACACAUCUAUUGAUUGUUGGUUCUCUAUAUCAUCCUACCUAUCCUCCUAAUGUGAUUGAUAGUCUUGAGAACCAGAAAUUGCAAGUUGGGGAUGAAGUGGAAGAUCUUGAUGAAGAUUUUAUGUAUAAUGAUGUGGAGUCUAAUCACAUGUCAUCUGCUGUAGAAAAGGAUGAUUGUGCACAAAGGCCUUUACCAAGCUUAAAAUCUCUUUGUGAAAAAGUGGCCGCAGAAAGUCUAGUUGAGCCCCGAAAUGCUAUACAGAUGCUUGAAAUUGCUGAUUCACUUGAAGCUGAAGAUCUGAGGAAGCAUUGUCAGGACAUUGUUGUUCACAACCUUGAUUAUAUUCUGACAGUUUCAUCUCAUGCUUUUGCAAGUGCUUCGCCAGAAAUUCUAGCUAAUCUUGAAAAUCUGUUAGACCUAAGGUCAUCUGAACCUUGGAGUUACCGCAGGCUUCCAACUCCAACAGCUACUUUUCCUUUAGUCAUCAACAGUGAAGAAGAGGAUAGUGAAUAUGAUGUUCCAAGGACUCGUGAUAACCACAACAACAAAUCCACCUUGAAGAUUGGAAAUGAAAGAUCAGAAUUCUUUCUUCAACCCAAAGAUGAUCCUAAUCGAGGCAUCUCGAAAAAAGUCCGUGCAUUGCGAAAGAAGUUGCAGCAAAUUGAGAUGCUUGAAAUGAAACAAUCUACUGGGCAUCUUCUUGAUGACCAACAACUUGCAAAGCUUCAAACAAGGUUAGCUCUUGAAAGUUCACUUGCUGAGCUUGGUCUUCCGGUUGAGAAAGUGCAGGCAAAAGCAUCAGUUGCAGUUUUAUCAGAUGUAAAAGGGAAUAAAAAGGCUGAGGUAUCAAGAAAGCAAAGAAGAAAGAGUAAACAAAAGGCAGCACAAUGGGAAACAGUUCCUGUCGUUGGCAGAGCUGAUGUAGAAUCAAACCUUGUGAAGGACUCAUUGGAUGUUGGGAUCUCUCAAGUUUCAAUGAACAAGGAGGAAGAAAACAUUUUUGAGGGAGGUGUGGGGAGCCAAUCCUCCAAAGAGCUUCCUUUCUUUGUUCAGAAGAAAGACAGUUCUGACUCUCCAAAAAGUAAGGGUUCAUCUCCUUCAAUAUCCAAGAAGAAAAACCGCAAGGGUGGGCUUUCCAUGUUUUUGAGUGGUGCUCUUGAUGACACCCCCAAAGAUGUUGCUCCCCCUCCACAAACACCAAGAAGUGAGGGUCCUGCAUGGGGUGGGGCUAAGGUUUCAAAGGGAUUUGCUUCACUUCGUGAAAUUCAGGACGAACAGAGCAAAACCAAGGGGAACCAAUCAACAAAGAAUAAAGAUCAAGUGGAAGAUCAUUCUGAUGUUAAAAGUGAUGGGAAAAUUCUGUUGAGUUCCUUCUUGCCUUCAAAACCAAUACCUGUGAUAUCAUCACGCACAUCUCAGGCACCUGAUGCAGAAAGAAGCACACCUCCUUGGGCUUCUGGAACUCCUCUUCUUUCUCGGACAUCUCUUAGAGACAUCCAAAUGCAGCACCAGGGGAAACAGCAGCAGAAUAGUUCCCAUAGUCCGAAGGCAAGAACAGCUGGAUUCUCAAUUGUAUCCAGCCAAGGAUCACCAUCAGAUUCUCCAGGGUUGAACCGCUGGUUCAAACCUGAGAUAUGCACACCCUCAUCGAUUCGUUCAAUUCAGAUUGAGGAGAAGGCUAUGAAGGACUUGAAGAGGUUCUACACUAGUGUCAAGGUUGUGAAGAACCCAACUUAACAAAGAGCUACCGCUUGAUACUCAGAAAGAGGUUCCUCAUCGUUAGUGCUCCUUUUUCCAGUUCAUAACAGUGAAUUUCAAUGUACAGAUGAUCUUGUAAAUUUGGUUCUUUUAAUGUUAGUAGUAGUAAUUUCUCAUCGGCCA